UUCAUUAGAAAAUUGUAAAUUUUGAAUUUCUCUCUCCUAAGUACACUUCUUCAAGCCCUUCAAAGCUUCACUCGCUCCAUCCCUGGAAGCUUCGGUAGCUUUGUCUUUGGGUAGUUAGUUUCAGGCUUGAGUUGAAGAUCUAGGUGUUUCGUUAUCAAUCCCUUGCAUUUGCAUGUGAAAUAUGCUUAUUCUGCUUGGCAUUCUUCUCAUCAUCGUGAAUGGCCCAACUCCCUGCUUUGGGAAUAACGUUGAGGACAAAAUUUUGAAAGUUGGAGAAGAGCUGUGGAAAGAAACUAUGCCAUUACAAGGUGGCUCUUGCUUUUAUCAAUUACAGGGCCUGAAACCUCAAACGUGGUAUGAAGUGAAGAUAUCAUAUCCAGCUUCUAUACCUGCUAGCUUUUCCAUACAACUGAAGAGAAACAGGUCGGAUGUGAUGCUGAACAAUAACAGGAGAUUGCUCAACACUGAAAAGCUAAUUUUUAAGAACAACAAUCAGGAGGAAUUCCAGCUAGUAUUAGUAACUGUUGAGCCAGAAGGGUUUCCUGCAAAACAGCAUGUGCCGGAGAGGCAAUUUAUUAUCUACAAUAUAGUAUGUGAUGAACUAUUAUUUGGCUUACCCCACGAAGCAUGGUGGGUAGUGGCACUGGCUGUACUUGGUCUUGGAAUUGCAUUCAUCGUGCCUUCUUUUCUUCCAUUGUAUUUGCUACCAAAGAACCAAGUCCCAGGGACAAACGAUCAUGUCUCCAAAACUUCUUGAUCUGCAUACGGUGUGUUGUUUGCUUUGACAGUAGAAUUUUGAAAGCCACCUUUGGCUGCAAAUUUUCCAUGUUUUCUAAAUCAUGAUUUAUCAACCAUUGUUUUUUAUGUGUCUAAAUGCAAGAGAACUUUGGAAUU